GUGCGGUCAUGUGAUUACUCGUAACAGUAAAACUGUACAGAACAGAGCCACUCGUACACUGAGGCACCAACAAUGGGACUGGUAGAAGCAUCAUCAAGUUUGUUGUUUUUAUUCGCCAUUGUCGUCAAUAAAGGGCUCCCCAGUCCUUUGGCUGGCAAAGAAGCCUGGAAUUAUGUGGAAGUGAGAGACGGGGCCCACAUGUUCUGGUGGCUUUAUUAUGCUGACAACCCGUCUGCCUCAGACCUGCCUCUGGUCAUGUGGCUGCAGGGCGGACCAGGAGGAUCAGGAAGUGGAUUUGGGAACUUUGAGGAGAUUGGACCUUUGAAUAGGAACUUAGAGCCCAGAAAGACAAGUUGGGUACAGGCAGCCAGUGUGUUAUUUGUAGACAACCCUGUGGGGACUGGCUUCAGCUACACGGAGAGGCCUGAUGGCUAUGCUACCAAUGUGGCCAUGGUGGCUUCAGACAUGCUGGUGCUGCUCAGACACUUCUUCACAGAGAAGGAUGAGUUCCAGAGCGUCCCCUUCUACAUCUUCUCUGAGUCAUAUGGAGGGAAGAUGGCAGCUGCUAUCUCCUCAGAACUCAUCAAGGCCAUAGAACAAGGAACAGUGAAAUGCAAAUUUGCUGGUGUGGCACUUGGAGACUCAUGGAUUUCCCCACUAGACUCUGUCAUGACAUGGGGACCAUACCUCUACACCACUUCACUGCUGGAUGAUUAUGGCCUGGCAGACGUCAACAAUGCAGCGGAGGAGGUGAAGAAAGCUGUGGAGCAGCAAGAGUUUCUGAAAGCCACUGAGCUGUGGUCUAUGACUGAGAGUGUGGUGGAGCAGAACACCAACGGAGUCAACUUCUACAACAUCCUCACCCAGGAGCCAGAUGAGAAACUCACCUCUUCAGCAGGAGAGAACUUCAUUGCUCUUCAGACACGUCGCCACAUUCGACCCCUCCACAGCCAAUCACUGAGUGAGCUGAUGAAUGGACCAAUCAGGAAGAAACUGGGCAUCAUUCCUCAGAAUGUCACCUGGGGAGGCCAGGCAGAGGAUGUGUUCAGCUACAUGGCAGGAGACUUCAUGAGGCCAGUGGUGGACAUAGUGGACCAACUGCUGACUGCUGGAGUCAAUGUCACUGUCUACAAUGGACAGCUGGAUCUUAUAGUGGACACCAUGGGUCAGGAGCUGUGGGUGAAGCAACUGAAGUGGGAGGGGCUACCUGGAUUUAACAAACUGAGGUGGACCGCCCUGGAUGACCCCAUCUCCCCUGGCAUCACUGGAGCUUUUUACAAGACUUAUAAGAACUUUGCCUUCUAUUGGAUCCUCAGAGCUGGUCACAUGAUUCCCUCAGACCAGGGAGCUAUGGCCUUGCAGAUGAUGAAGAUGAUCACCCAGCAGGUCUGAUCCACCCAUUCUGAUGCCAGCUGGAAUGGCUCUGACAAUCACCAUGAUCACAUGAUCUUUUUAUAAAUCACUUUCUGCUAGACCAAAUCACAAACCUCAGUCCUCCUCGAUUAUGACAGCCUGAGUAAAUUUCAGCCAUGACAGCAAUAGACUUUUUUGUAAAUGCUGGCCUCUUCUCAGGAACAGUAUUCUUUAGUCACAGUAUCAUGGGUUUUUUUAGUCUGACAACACAUUUUACAGUGUACAUGUAGUUCAUGUUGUACAUGUUGUUCUUCUGGCUCUGUGCUUCUACACAUUCAAUUUUAAAUAAAAUAAUGGAUACUACAUUAAAGGGCCAUGUUUCAGCUUUAAUUUUAGCAGGUUUACAUAAAAAAAGAACCAUGAGAGAUGAAAUAGAGAUUGAUUCCUCAAUAUCAAACUGAUCUAAACUGAGAAGAAAUGUUAAAGUGUUCACUCCCUUUACCUAGAUCCACCUGGUGUGGCUGACUGGUUUUAAGAUGAUGACCUGAAAUGUCUCAUCUGCAUGUAGAUGUGAAUACUGUAUCUGAGUACAAACUGACUGAAGUGAAAUAAACUGAUGAUGACA